GCGGGCGGUUGCUGCCUGUUCCUUGCCUCCGCCCUCGGGGAGGGGGAGGCCGGUGCCGGGGCGAGCAGCGGGUGAUGGGGAAGAGGCGAGCGCAGCGCUGAGGUCCUGCGGGGCCGGAUGAGCGGAGACUUGGCGUCGCGGCGGUGGCGGAGCUGGAGGAGGGGGCGAAGGAGGCAGUAGGGGCGGCCUCCACUCCGGCUGCCCUGAGGGGAAGGAGCCCCCGACCAUGGAGAUCGAGAACAUCGUGGCCAACACGGUGCUGCUGAAAGCCCGGGAGGGCAAACGGAGUGGGCGUAGUAAAAAAUGGAAAGAGAUGCUGAAGUUGCCACCUGUUAGUCACUGUGAAGGUAUUAGACGCUCAAUCGAAAGGGACUAUAACCAGCUUUGUGACAAACAGCCAAUAGGAAGACUUCUCUUCAGACAGUUCUGUGAUUCCAGACCAGAUUUGAAAAGAUGCAUUGAAUUUCUGGAUUCAGUGGCAGAAUAUGAGGUAUCUUCAGAUGAAAAGCGUAUAAACUGUGGCCUGAAAGUUUUAGAGACGUACUUCACUAAUGGGUCUGCAGCACACUUGCCAGAAAUACCUCAGGAAACAGUAAGUGAAUGUAAAGCAAGACUGGAGAAGAACCCUUCUAAGGACCUUUUUAUGGACUGUACUAGAGUUGUCCAUGAAUACCUAAGCAGAAGACCUUUUGAAGCUUACCAAGAAAGUGUGUAUUUUUCCCGUUUUUUACAGUGGAAAUGGCUGGAAAAGCAGCCCGUAACCAAACACACAUUUAGGCAUUACCGAGUACUAGGCAAAGGUGGAUUUGGAGAGGUGUGUGCCUGUCAAGUACGGGCAACAGGAAAAAUGUAUGCUUGUAAAAAGCUAGAAAAAAAGAGAAUAAAGAAGAGGAAAGGAGAAUCAAUGGCUCUAAAUGAAAAAAGAAUUCUAGAAAAAGUGAAUAGUAGGUUUGUAGUUAGUUUAUCCUAUACGUAUGAGACGAAAGAUGCCCUGUGUUUAGUAUUAACCAUAAUGAAUGGAGGGGAUUUGAAGUUUCACAUAUAUAACAUGGGAAAUCCUGGCUUUGAUGAAGAAAGGGCUAUUUUCUAUGCUGCAGAGCUGUGCUGUGGUCUGGAGGAUUUGCAGAAGGAGAGAAUUGUUUACAGAGACUUGAAGCCUGAGAAUAUACUCCUUGAUGACUGUGGACAUAUCAGAAUUUCAGAUCUUGGAUUAGCUGUGCAGAUUCCAGAAGGAGAAACUGUCCGAGGACGGGUUGGGACUGUUGGUUACAUGGCUCCAGAGGUGCUCAAAAAUGAAAAGUAUACCUUCAGCCCAGAUUGGUGGGGUCUUGGGUGCUUGAUUUAUGAAAUGAUUGAAGGACAGUCUCCAUUCAGGAAGCAUAAGGAAAGGGUCAAACGGGAUGAGAUUGACCGGAGAGUGAAGGAAGACCAAGAAACAUACUCAGACAAGUUUUCAGAGGAGGCAAAAUCUAUCUGCAGGAUGUUACUUGCUAAAAAUCCAGGGGAACGACUGGGUUGCACUGAAGAUGGAGCUGCUAUUGUAAAGCAACAUCCUAUUUUCAAGAAUAUUAACUUCAAGAGGCUGGAAGCUAACAUGUUAGAACCUCCAUUCUUGCCAGAUCCACGUGCCGUAUAUUGUAAAGAUGUCCUGGAUAUAGAGCAGUUCUCAACAGUAAAAGGAGUGAACCUGGAUACUACAGAUGAUGACUUCUAUUCCAAAUUUGUUACAGGUUGUGUCUCAAUCCCUUGGCAAAAUGAGAUGAUUGAAACAGGAUGCUUUGAAGAUAUCAAUGCGUAUGAAACUGAUGGUACUGUGUCACCAGACAGAGAGAGGUCUCCUAAACCAAAGAGAGGCUUCUUUCACAGACUUUUUAGUGGAGAGGUCUGCUUUAAAUCUGAUUGCAGUGAUGAUGAGCAGGAGUCCUCCAGACUUUAAAUCAUUUUAAGCUCAUCAGAAAGGAUGAGCAAACUUUAAAUGUUUUAUAUCUCUGUAGCAAAGUGUAUUAUAUAUAUUUUUUAUCUGAGUUCAAGGAUUUUUGUACAUUUGUACUUCAUUUGUUUUAAGAUGUAUAUUUUCACUAAAGCUUAAUUGUACAAAAAGCAAUGAGUGCCAUUUGAGUGAGUGUGUUUCUGUAUGUAUUUGGUUUAUCUUGAUUUCCCCCCCCCCCCCCCCCCCCCAGUGGAAUUAAUCUAGAAGUACUAAAAGGAUUUUAAAGUGCAGAGAUAAUAUCUAUGGCAUCAAUGUAACUUGACUUUGUAUGCUCCUGGUAAAAUUUUUCUUGUUCGUUAGGAUCUUUAUUAGCAGUUUUCUUAACAGUAAAAUUGCUGUACUGAUAAAUUUCAUAAUUCUGGUAUUAUCUGGCAGCAUGGUAGUGCUAUUAACUAAUGUAUUUCUGAAGCAACUGCUAAGGAAAAAAAGGAAUUCAGUGCACUGCAGCCAGCUAUUAUGAAUUACUCUUUACUGUUUGGCUCUGUAUAAUAUCUUUCUGUAUUUCUAUAUAUAGGGAAUUCUGAAUAUUUAGCUUAAUCCUGUAACAAACUAUAUUACCCCAUUCUUUUAUUUUCUACUCAUCCUACUGUAUUUUCUUACAGUCUCUUGGCAUGGACCAUGCAAGUAGACCUAUGCCAAAAUUUUAUAACUAUAUUUUGAGUACUUUGUCUUUACUAAAGGGAUUUCUUUUUACCUGUGGGGACACCUUAUUGUUUUUUUCUGUAAAUGAAAUUGUUUACAACAAUGUAGGAUGUUAUCAUUUUAUAAUGGGUUAAAAAACAAAGCAUGGGCUCUUCUUACUAACCUCAUCUCUGCUUACUGUGUUGUAAUAUGCAAUGUUAUAGGGUUGACAGCAAUCACUGCCACUGAGGGAGGGACAAGGUAGUAUUAAGUAUCAUAUUUGAUUAUGUAAAUACUCUUUCCUUACAACCUUUAAAAACUUAAAACAUUAAAACCUGCCUUUAAUGAUUGCGUAAUGCAGAUGUGGAGCUGUUACUGAAGUUUUAGUUACGGUUACCUGACGUUCAUUAGUAAAACUGUUUCCAGCUGCUUGAAAGUUUGUCAGACAUCCAUUCCACUCAAAGUGUGCCAGACUUUCUUUUUAUUUUUUUAAAGUUUCUGGUAAAAAUAUUAAUCUGUAUAUGAGAAUGAAUUUAGGGAACACACUUCAUUAAGAGCCUUUCCUGUUUUCAAAAUUUCAGUUAGGGACUUGAAAUCUAGUGGAAUGCCCUUGAUCUUGGAGACAUGACUUUUGUUACAUAUUUUGCUCUGUAUUUCGAAGACUUGUCUCCACUGAGCACGUAUUUUUUUUCCUCUCAGAUCUCUAGGGUGCCAACCAGACCACACAUGUAUUAUACACACAGAGCAACUGAAUAUCCCUCUACCCCAAAUAGAUUUCCACUUGUGAUCUGCAGAUCCACUGGAAGAAACUUAAGCUGCUUCUGAGAAACUCACAAGAUACAUUUGAUACUCAAGCCUAUCAUCAGGUUUUAAUUUACAGUACGUUUUCUCUAGUGACAAAUGUUUUAAUGGGUUAGAAUUUUUAAAAAGUUGGAAAACUGGUGUGUUACAGAAUCCUACUGGGACUGAGCUGGUGUCUGUCUGAAAUUGUUCCUCUUGACUACGGUGUCACAGAAGUGAGGAAUGAGUGUCUUCUCCUGUGUUUUCAGUGCAUUUUUCCCAAUGUCUAAAACAGCACAGAGGACAGCAAAACCACUGCCAUAUGAAGUACAAAGGGAGAAAUUGGCAGAGGGGGAGCUUGAAUGAAUUACUGGAAGAUAGUCUGAUGCAAUAGUGAAGGGAUGGCAGGCUUGACAAAAAGAAAAAUAUCUGAAGCAAGGGUGUUGGCUGGAUCCAUUAUGUGUGAGACAAUGAGCUGGCAUAGUCUGACCUGACCCUCUUUAUUAUGUACCACAAGAAUAGAAGGACUCUAAAAAGAUGGGAAUGGAGAAAUAGGGAAGUAACAAAAGUGUUUUAUAAAUACCUACCUGAUUGAAGAAGUUACUGUGUUUCUCUGAUUAAGGGGUUUAAUUUUUAAGAUCUUAGGUUUGCUGGUCUGAGGCAAAGGUGACUGUAUUAACAGUAAACAUACGGGGUGACAGUCUGGAUUUAAUGCCUGCUUAGAGCAACUUGAAAUUUGGGCAGGAAUACUAUGGACACAAGCUGAGCAAUUUUUUAUGAAGAAAAUACAGGACUUGUCUUUAACACAUAAAAAAAUCUGAAAGUCUAUUUAUCAUGCAUUUCAAAUUUUCUUUCCAUAUUGGAGGGGAGGGAUCUUAACUUUAAAAAAAAAAACAAAAACAAAAACAAACAAACAAAAAAAACCCACUCGUCUAUUUUGGAGUGCUGAGACUUAACACAUACUCUGCAGGGAUCUGUGAAGAAAAAAGGCUAGAUGAAGAGCAAAGGGAAGUUGUUCCUAAGAAGUAGUUAUUUAUGCAUCUACUUCUUUGGACAAGGAACUCCAACCGCGUGAAACAGUGGAGGAUUUGUUUGUUUUUAUGAAUCUUUAUUUAGUUUAAAUUCACAAGUUUUUUUUUCUUCUGUUCUAAAUAAUACUAUUAAAUUGGUUUUGAGUAACUACAUAUUUGCAGGAUGAGGACCUAAAUUCUGCUGCUUUUGGUUGUUUUUUUGGUUUGGGGUUUUUUUUGGUUGUGGGUAUUUUUUUUUAUCCAAUAGGCUCAAGAUGGCACCUUUCUACUAGAAAGUUGUCCCUUUUGGCUAGAAAUAUAACCACAUAAUAAUGACUAGAUAUGUAAUGUGAACCCCUUAAUGAAUUAGAAACUGGAAGGAUCAGCAUAUCUAUCCUUACACGGUACAUGGAGAUUAAGAUGCUAUGCUGUUUAAUCUAAGGUGACUAACACUGGUUAAAUGUCUUUACUGGAGUAUUAGUAGCUUGGAGAUGCAUUUUGAAAGCAAAGAAAGAGUAAGGAGAGGGGAGAACACCUGAAAGCAAAAUAUUGUGGUGUGAUAAAUUCAAUCUGAACUUUGGUUUUGGUUUUUGUAGGACACAACUGAGUUAAAGAAGGGAGAGGGCAGCAGGUUGUGUUUACUGAUUAUGUAGCCUUUUAUUCCAUUAAACUGUUAAAAAAAAAAAAAAAAAAAAAAAAAAAAAAAAAAGCCAAGGUAAAUGCUUGUCAUUCACUAUGACUUCAUUAUACCUCCAUGAAUUCAGAUUCUAGAUCUGUGUGUUAGAAGUAUUUAAAGUGAGACAAUCCAACAGCCUGACUGCUUUGUGCUACUGGUGCAAGAUAUGGAAAGAUCUGUGGGAAUUCUGUAGAGUUACUUGCAUGAGAUCAACCUUCCUUUUCUCUGGCUUGUGUUUCCAAACAUUUGUGUAUGUAAGUCUUAAUGUCUGCUUGUGCAUACUUCAUGAAUAUAUAUAUAUAUAUCUCAAAAUUCAGAAACUGUGAAACAGUGUACCAGUAUCUUAUUGGUUUACUUAAUGCUUUUGAAUGUUGUGACCAACAGAAUAGAAUCUUCAUGCCUCAGGGUUGUUCUCUUUCUAUAAAAAAGAUUGUCAGCUUUUUUUUUUUUUUUCCCAGAGGUGCAGUGUUCAUAAUAGAGAUGGCGUUGUGUUUCUAGAUUAUAACAGCAAAACAGUCUCAGUUGAAAAAAUGAGCACUUAAAAAUAUUGUAUAAUAAUAAAUAGGAAAAAAAUAUGGUAUUUCUGUAACAAAGAGAACGCUAUUGACAAAUCUUAGUCUUUAAUAGAAGAUGAUGUCUGUCUUUUUUUCAGAUAAUUCUUAAAACAAUAGAUCUGAAGGUUUUUAGUUAUGAAAUAAUUGUCUCCAUCUCAGAAUAAAAUUAUGUCUAAUUUGAGAAAUCAAUGAUAGAAGCUGUUAAAAACAACUAAAAAUCCAUUUUUAGAUUGCACUUCAAUUACUUUUCAAACAAUACUAAUGUAAGAAAUUUCUCAUUGCCAUUUGUACAAAAGAAGAGUACUUGUUUACAAAUUACUAAAAUAAGUCAAGAGAAGUGAUAUAUUUUGCUUUGGUUUACAAUUUAGUAUUAUACUAACUUAACAUUGAAAUUAUCCCCUUUACUUCAGUAUAGAUUUUCAGAAAAUACUUCUCUUUAAGAAGUAUUCCAAAAAUUGAAUUAAAUGAAUGGAAAGCAUCUUUAAGGUAAAUUUAUGUUAACUUUGAUUUUAAUAACCUGCCUGGCUCAUUUUGGUGAUGAUGAUCUAUCUUCUGCUGAAUGUACAAUUCUUUUUUAUUUCAUAAUUGUUCUUAUGGUAUAACUUACAUUGUGCAGGAGAUACAGGUAACUUCUCUCAUGUUCCACAUGUGUCCAAACCACCAGAAUUCUUCCAAAUAUAGUGAAGCUGACUGUUAAAUAUGAUGUGUUAGUUCCGGUAUCUCCAAACCACUGAACUGUUGUUGUUUUUCCUGGAUGUUCUGGCAUUGUUGUUCCAGAAAUAAAAGCAAAACACUGCCACAUAUCUCAACCACAUGUAUUACUGUCCAAUGUGAUUUAUUUGCCAUGUCAGUCAUGGUAGCUGGGAUAGAUAAAAGAAAGACUGUGAUCGGAAAAAACAAUUUCCAAUUUGUUGAAGCAGAAGAUGUGUGUUACAUGCUGUAAGUUUUUUACCAAUGUAAGAUUGUCAGAUCCAGGAAAAAGUGCCCUAGCUCUGUUGUAUUGCUCAGUUGAUACAUAACUUAUCUCAUGGUCUGAGUCAUGAUUUCUACAUAAAUUUCUAUGUGAAAAGACAGAAUUAUUGGGAUGGGCUGUUUUUCAUGAACACAUUUACUGUGAUAACACUAUGAAUGUGAAUGAAAGAUUGGUCAGUAGUAGCUGUACCUCUACUUGCCAUUGGCCUUAUAAUGCAUAUUAAAUUUUAUACUAUUGCCAAAGGAAA